CGCUGAGUUCCUCCCACCACUCCUCCCCAACACCUGGCAGAGGGCUCUAGAGGCUGCAGCAUUUGGUGGCAUCUCUGCCAGGCACCUCUGGCUCUCCUUCAGCAGCGGCUCACCAGCCUAGGCACUCCUCACCCUGCCAGGUGCCUCCCUAAGCAGACCUUGAGACUCCCUAGUGACUGGCACGACCUCUUCCCUAAAAGAUAAAGAAGGCACUUGGGGCCCAAGCGCCUGCCCGACGUGCAGAGAACCGCGCGCCCAUGGAGAGCCUGGGCCGCUCGUGCCUGUGGCUUCGCCGGGAGCUGUCGCCCUCGCGGCCGCGGCUGCUGCUCCUGGACUGCCGCAGCCGCGAGCUGUACGAGUCCGCGCGCAUCGGCGGGGCGCUGAGCGUGGCCCUGCCUGCGCUGCUGCUGCGCCGCCUGCGGAGGGGGAGCCUGUCGGUGCGCGCGCUCCUGCCAGGGCCGCCGCUGCAGCCGCCUCCCCCUGCCCCGGUGCUCCUGUAUGACCAAGGCGGGGGAAGGCGACGGCGCGAGGGCGAGGCCGAGGCUGAGGAGUGGGAGGCUGAGUCGGUGCUGGGCACCCUGCUCCAGAAGCUGCGGGAGGAAGGCUACCUGGCAUACUACCUGCAAGGUGGCUUCGCCAGAUUUCAGGCCGAGUGCCCUCACCUCUGUGAGACCAGCCUCAAUGGUGGUGCUGGCUCAAGCAUGGCCCCAGUGCCCAGCCCAGUGCCCGUGGUGGGACUGGGUGGCCUGUGCCUGAGCUCCGACUGCUCUGACGCAGAAUCUGAGGCUGACCGCGACUCCAUGAGCUGUGGCCUGGAUUCGGAAGGCACCACGCCUCCCCCAGUGGGGCUGCUGCCAUCCUUCCCGGUCCAGAUCUUGCCCAACCUCUACCUGGGCAGUGCCCGGGAUUCAGCCAACUUAGAGAGCCUGGCCAAGUUGGGCAUCCGCUACAUCCUCAAUGUCACCCCCAACCUCCCUAACCUCUUUGAGAAGAAUGGUGACUUUCACUACAAGCAGAUCCCCAUCUCUGACCACUGGAGCCAGAACUUGUCCCAGUUCUUUCCAGAGGCCAUUGCAUUCAUUGACGAGGCCUUGUCCCAGAACUGCGGGGUGCUCGUCCACUGCCUGGCAGGCGUCAGCCGCUCUGUCACCGUCACCGUGGCCUACCUCAUGCAGAAGCUCCACCUCUCGCUCAACGAUGCCUACGACCUGGUCAAGAGGAAGAAGUCUAACAUCUCGCCCAACUUCAACUUCAUGGGGCAGCUGUUGGACUUUGAGCGCAGUCUGCGCUUGGAGGAGAGGCGCUCCCAGGGGCAGGGCAGUGGGGGCCAGGAGUCUGCCACCUCUGACCCCCCCUCCUUUUUUACCACCCCCACCAGCGAUGGGGUCUUUGAGCUGGACCCCACAUAAGACCAUGUGGGACUGGCAGGGCUGGUCCCCACCCAUGACCCCACACCCAGUGGGUGCUCUAACCACCCAUAUAGUAGGGGAGAAGGGGGGAGGGGACUCAGCCAUAAGCAGGGGGGUGGAGGUGCUGGGGGAGGGAAAGCUCAAUACCUCACUGGGGGCGGUGGAGCAAGGCAGGGGCCAGAGCAAAGAUCUGCCCUACCCACUCACAGCCUAUUAAACGUGCCUAAGGGCCGGCCCCAGGGCCAUCGGCCUUACCCGUGCGCUUUCGGGUGGGACCACGCUCCAGAAUCUGCCUCUUCUGCGACUGUUACUUUACUCUUUUGGGGGUGGGGUGGGGUUCCCUAUCUGAAGAACCAUUGCAGGUGGCUGCCUGUUCCCUGGGGCCCUGGGUGCUCGCCAGCUCAGCUAGGCCCGGGGCCUCCCUGCUAUUUCCCCCUUCAGGAAAGUUGUGUGCCACUUCCUUUGCCACAGGAACCUGCUCCCGGGCCCUUCCCUGUCCCAAAUGGCCACUUGUGAGGAGGGACUCACCACCACCAACAGGGCAGUCAUCUCCUUGCUUGUCUGUCAAGGGCUUGGGUCUCUUAGGGCUGAGAGCCUCCCAGGAGAUGUGGACCCAGAGAUGCAACAACUGCCCGGCCUCCACGGGGACAGUCUCUCUGGAGACCUCCACAGGGACAGUCUCUCUGGGUGGCUUCUUACUGCGCCUGGGAGCCACUGGGCGGGUUCCCGGCCACACAUCUGGCACCCUGACUGUUUCCUUCCUCCUCCCCCAGAUGUCUUGACAGGAUCACUGGGGCUCUUUGUGACUGAGGGUGGUCAAACUGCCACCGGAGGAGAUGGGGUCUCAGAGCAAGAGCUGGGAGGGGAGGGAGGGAAGGAUGAAGGCCUUGAUUUUGCUGCUGCGGGUCCCACAGCCGUGUUGGGGGGGAGGGGCCAAGCUGCAGACACACACGGUCAUUCAUUGCAGGCCACACCCCUUGUAGGAAGUGUACGUGUGCGCGCACGUGCACAUCCAAGUUCACACAUGCACACUAGCCUCCACUUACACGCUCGCCUGGGGCUGGCAGUCCCAUCGCCCCCUCAAAUCUGGAAGAGGGGCUAUGCUUGUUUGUUUUUGUAAUCCACAUCAUGAUUGCUUUCUUUAAUUGUUCCUCCUGAAUAAACAGUUUAUUUAAGAUACUGAA